AUGAGUUCCGGCGCCGAUCCUGACUCGUCUUGUGUAAUAACAGCUGUUGGUUUUGUCGCACAGGCUGGAGCCAAACAGCAAAAGUAUGAAGUCUUAUCUCGAACUUCAGAUAGUGCUGAUGAUGCUUGUUUGUGGCCAUCAAGUCUCCUUUCGCGACGUACACGAUACCUAUGUUAUGUUUCAGAAAAUAUAAAUACAUGUACUGGACAAAAACCGAUACUUGUAAAUUUGGUACUAGUAGACGACGGUGAACAUAUUCCUGCAAAUCAUCAAGCGAUAUAUAAUACAAUAGAUACAGGUGAACGUGCUUUAAAAAGAAAAAUUCUUUGUGCUAAAUUUUCACCACGUUCUGCAACUUCUCGUGCAAUUACCAGAAUUGGUGUUUACAGUCGUCCACGUACUACAACUCCUGGUUAUACACGUAUCGGUGAUAUCAAUUCGAUUGUGAUUUAUUGUAAACAUACAGAGAUUGGUCUACUUAAUUCAGAGAGAUCAUCUGUUCAAGUAAAACUUCCCCCAUCAGUCCCAACUCGACCAUCAAUUCCAGAUAGAAAUAGUUUAUAUCCAAGUUUACCUGCAUUUUCAUCAUCAGGCAACACUUCAGCUUGUGAAGCAUUCGCUACAACACGACGUGGAACAGUACAUCCUCUGUCUGGGAUUCCUUUCGAAUUGAACAAACGUUAUCUUGCUGACGAACCAGGGGAAUACAGAACUAACGGAGCAUCAAUGUACAAGUCAUUUGAUGAAAUAGAUUCUGAGUUUCAAUAUCGUUUUGAUCAAGAACGCUUUUUACUUGAAACAACGUGA